ACGCUUUUUUAUUAGCCGCAGGCUACUGUCACUAGCUUCUCCUAAUUCUUGUGCUUUUUUUUCACAUGGAAAAUGAUCAGUGUGGCCAUCACCGCCGCUCACUGGCCCGGAGGCUCGUGAAACCUAAUGUUAGCCACUAGCAGCCAACCUAAAUUCACCACGUCGGUGUAAAACAAAUAAUUGAGGAGGACUAAUAAAAUCUGUCUGUGUUGUUGUUUGUAUUUAGCGUGUAUCGGUUAAAAUAGCUCUGCAGAAUCAGAAACAAUGUAUGCCUUCUCCUACUCAAUAGAUGGCAGAUAGUCUACAUUAUCGCAGCUGAUCUCCACAACUCCAUAGAAGAAGAGGACGGAGGCGAAGAAGAAGCGAAGAAACAGAAACAACUGUUGUUGAGUGUUGAUCAUUGAAUCGACGGCUUUCUUUCAAAAUGAUGCCGCAUCGACGGUGUCCGUUUUUGUUUUACGUCAAUAUGUUAAACAUGAGUGUAGCUGUAUUAGGUCAGGAAAAUGUCCAGUUAAAUAGUAAAUGAAAGCGAGGGUGUGCUUUUUUUUUUUUUAGUUCACGUCAAGGUAACAGCUAAGUAAGAUGGUCCGUAUUGGGCAGCUAACGAGCUAACCGCCUAGUUAGCUACCUAGCGAACUUGUUAUUCCUUAUAAUCUCUAUAAACGUUGGAAGUCUACGCUGAGUCGUGAUGAUCUGGGUGCAUGAAUCACAGCACGAACAUACCAAGAUGGGCGAGGUGUUCAAAGGAGGCAGAGAAGGAAGAUAAUACGUUAUAAAAGGCCAUUGCGGGACCCUGUCCAACUGAUCAAAGUAAUAGGAGUUCACGACUAACCGUGGUGGUUGUAAUCUGUCGACAUCCAGUACACUUGGACUGUGCAUUGUUGGGAUUCUUCUAAUCACCCUCCUGAUAGUGAAGAUGAACUCUGUUAAGGGUGGCUCCGUUACCUGGCGGCCACAGCCGUGGCAGGAUGCUGACAGCGGCGGAGGGGAGCCUCUCUCAGACAGCGACUCAGAAGAGGAGGAUUUUCCUGAUGACAGCACCACACCACUUGGAGACUAUAUCACACAUGGCCUAAAGCAAUUACUUGAUGCCCAGCAGCUCUGUGAUGUCACCCUCCUUGUGGAAGGGAAGAGAUUUAUGUGUCACAGGGUUCUUCUAGCUGCAGUGAGCCCCUAUUUCCGAGCUAUGUUCACAAGCCCCCUGGUGGAGUCUCGCCUUACAGAAAUCCGACUGGAGGAAGUAACACCAGCAGUUAUGGACACGGUCAUCCAGUUUAUCUACACAGGGGAGGCUGGCCUUAGCCUCGACACAGCAGAGGACCUCUUUGUAGCAGCCAGUCGCCUUCAAGUCAUGCCCCUGCAGGACCUGUGUUCAAGGUUUCUGUUUGAGCACCUGUCUGUCGAGAACUGUCUGGGGAUGUACUCUCUGGCCCGCUCGCACCACGACCAGCUGCUCCUGCGAGCCUCCCUACGGCUGGUGGCCCAGCACUUCCCGCGCGUGGCACGCCAGAGGGAUUUCCUCCUGCUGGACCCGGGCACCCUGGGCAGCCUGCUGGAGUCGGACCGGCUGGGCGUGGAGUCGGAGACGGAGGUGUACGACGCGGCGCGGCGCUGGGCCGAGCACAAGCCGGCCGAGCGCUACGGCCACAUGCCGGCGCUGCUGCGGCACCUGCGGCCGGGCCUGCUGGCGCCGGAGGAGAGCCGGCGGCUGAACCAGGAGCUGGGGCCGCGCGCCAGCGUGGAGGCCAUGGGAGGGCCCCUGCGGCCCCGCGAGGGCAUGUACGAGAAGAAGAUUGUGUGCGUGGACCUGAAGCCGCGCGAGGACGACGGGCUGCGCGAGGAGGACUUCACGGUGGACUGCUUCGACCCGCGCACCGGCAAGUGGGAGAAGCUGGCGGCGCUCGGCUCGCUGCUGUGCCCCGGCUGCACGGCCAUCGGCGGGCGCCUGUUUGUGGCCGGCGGCAUCCUGCGGCGCGGCCAGGUGUCGGCCGACGUGCACGAGUACGACGUGGUGGCCGACCGCUGGCUGUCGCGCCCGCCCAUGGCCCAGCCGCGGGCCAUGCUGGGCCUGCUGGGCUGCGGCAACUCCCUGUACGCGCUGGGCGGCUGCAACCGCUCGGCGCUGCUGGACUCGUGCGAGACGCUGGACUUGGGCACCAUGUGCUGGUCGCCGGGGCCGCAGCUGCCCCUGCCGCUGCGCUCCUUCGCCUGCGCCGCGCUCCGCGGGCGCCUCUACCUGCUCGGCGGCGCCACGCUGGAGCAGAACCGCGCCGUGGUGCACUCGGGCGUGCUCAUCUACCACACGGCCACCGCGCUCUGGACUCGCGUGGCCCUGGACUCGGGCGCCACCUGCCUGGCGGGAGGCGUGGCGGUGCGGGGCGGCGUGUGCGCCGUCGGGGGCUACAUGCGCGACGCCGCCAAGUUCCUGGACGGCAACUACACGCAGCUGGAGCCGCUGGACGCCACGGGCCGGGUGCUGUUCUUCCGAGAGGGACGCGGCUCCGGGGCCGAGCGAGAGGUGACCCCGAGCUUGGACCGCGGCGGGGGCAGCGACCGGGCGCCCAGCCCCGUGGUCUUCCCCGGGCUGCCGCGGAGAAUCGCAGCGGGGGGCGUGGCGCGAUGGAAGCGGCGCAUCUACGUGCUUGGCGGCGAGAACGGCUCGCGCUUCUACGACAGUGUGUACUGCUGGAAGCCGGGCUGGCGCAGCUGGGUACAGAGACGCGAGAAGCUCCCGGGGGACACGGGCGGCGUCAGCCAGUUCGGCUGCACCACCCUGAAGUUCCCCAAGAAACACAUCCUGGCCAGGCUGAGGUCCGUUCAGGAGAACAAGGUGACUGACCACAAGGGAGAAGAGAGGGUGAGGGGUCGGAGGAGGAGGCGCAAUCAAGAAACGUAGUCAUUGCACAGCAGUACCUUUUUAAAUGUCUGAAUCAUGCUUUGAAACCAGUACACUACAUUACGCUUGAAUGAGGGGUCACAGAAAAAGCCCAGGGGCUGGACCUUUAGAAUGACCCACCGAGUAACCAAAAAUGUAUCAUUUUGGAUUACUAAUUAAAAGUAGGUUUUGUAGAAACGAACAAAGAAUUUUUGCCUGGGUCAUUGUGCUCAUGUUUGUGAGCAAAUUUUAUGGAAUGGAUUGUUCAAUAAUUUUUGGUUACAAAAAGCUUACAUAAUGCAUACUGGUGUCUUACAACACUACAAUACAACACUGUGUCUUAAACAUUGGUCAGCAAAUCCAUUUUCUUGCCAAAUUGUUCAACCCCCUUGAAAGAUUUUUUGAGAUGAAAAAAGAUUAUCCUAAUUUACACACCUUAUUUGCUUUUGGAAAUGUGCUAGUACAUAACUGUUUAUAAGAAUACAAUUUCAGAUAUACAAAGGAGAGACUCCUCACUCAUGACAAAUUCUUUAGUCAGUCCUCUUUGUUGCUAGUACCAAUACAAGUAAAUUCGGAAGAUAUGCACUUAUUGUAAUCUAGAACAUUUUGACUUUCAGGGGGUUGAAUAUGUGAGGCACUGUAUGAAUUUGUCAUUAUUCCAUUUAAGUUAGUUAAAAUCAUAGUGAUGGACCAGGCAAGUGUACUUUUUCUAAGUUGAUGUCGUUACAUUUAAUUUCAGACCUGUGAAAUAAAUGCAUUCUUUGCUUUACAUUAUAUGAAAUGAAGUGUGUAGCCAUUUAAUUACUUGGGAUGCAUUAGAGCAAUUUGGUUUUAUGGUUUUGUAGAUGAAAGCCAAAGUCUGAUUGAUCACAAUGACAUGUGGGAUCCAAAAUGUCAGCCAGAGGGGUUUGUACCAAGCUCCAACCUUUUGCCAAUUUAAACUGUAAGAAUGCAUGACGAGGCGGGCGCUACAAAUAUACG